AGUUUUUUGACGUCAGCAUAGCUGUGCUUUAGAUCAUUUAUAUUCAUAUAUUACUCUUUGUAUGAAAAUAGUUAUUUUAUGAAAGACGCCUGUAAAGUUGUUUCUUCUCUUUUUUCUAACUCAAAUUUAUGUUUAACAAAAAAACUUAAGAGCCGGCAGCUAAAUUGGCGUAUAAAUUGAUGUUAGUGAGGGUUUUUGGGAUUUUCUGAGGUUCAUUGAAGAGACUUGUUUUGUUAGAAUUUAUCAUUCAGCUUGUGGGCAGUCAUGGGGAAAAAGACAGCCAUUCAACCAGCAGACAACACUGGAUUCUCUCAUCCGGAACCUCCACCUGCCUAUGCCCCUGAACUGCCGGCUUAUGACGCUUCUCCCCCUCGACAGCAACAAGCUUCAAAUGCAGAUCAGCUUCGCAAAGAGGAAGCUGCAGAGUUACUGGUGAACUAUCGCAUCUCUCAAUCAUGUUGCUGCAAACCAAAAGAAGUUAGGUCUCUCAUAGAGGUGGGAGAAAUAUAUCCUGUCUCCUACAAGUAUCUGUACACCCUCUGCAGCUAUGUUGAGGAGCGGAGAGAGACUUCGAAGACAGUAGCUGGCAACCAAACGGGUUCUGGCAACUGGGUUGGAAAACGAGAAGGUGUUUGGAAAUACGAUAUCCACCCAGACCGAGAGUUCUGGAAAGGUAAGAGACAAAUCGAAGCGUAUCGGGAAGCGAAGCAUUGUAGUACUUGUGGUGGAAAGGGAAGACACGAUUGCAAACACUGUAACGGCAAAGGAACUGUUUACAACGAGAAAGAUGGUGACGUUAAGUGUCCCAAGGGGUGUGGCCGGGGAACUGUACGCUGUGCAUCUUCUUGCAAUGGAACCGGAUUAACUACAACCAUAUACAUGGUUGCUGCGGAGUUCAGGGAAGAAAACGACAUCUACUUUUAUGGGAACCCGGUAAAAGUGAAAGACAAAAAAGUGCGACGUGCAAAUGGGACCCCGGUGUAUAAAGAAGAGAAAGGGCCCCGCAUUACCCCUGCCCCCAUACCCAAUCAGUCCGAUGUGGCCAAUCAGAAGAUCAUAAAACUUCUGAACGAUCGAUACGCCAGACAUUCGGGUUACAGAUCGAGGAUUCUGAAGCAGAAGGCUUUAUUAGUGGCCAUUCCUGUUACAGAGGUGGACUUGAAGUACAACGCGAAAGCGUGUAAAGCAUGGGUCUACGGGUUGGAAAAAUCAGUACACUGUCCGAAAAUGAGUAACUGCUGCGCAUGUCGUUGCUCUAUUCUUUGAAAAAUUAUUAACCGAUCUAGUAAACCUAACGAAAUUACUAACCAGAAACCAAUAAAUCUGAUUAAUUCAGAUAGCUUUUGAUUGACAUGUCAUGAUGGCUCUUUUCCUGUUUUUUUAAAACAAAAUACCAUAAACAAAACUCCAUAGUAAAAUUCCAUCAUCAAAAGUUCAAUGUUUUGAUUGACAAGUCAUGAUGGCUCUUUUCCAGCUUUAUUUUAAAUAAAAUACCAUAAACAAAACGCCAUAAUAAAAUUCCAUUAUCAAAACUUCAAUGUUUUGAUUGACAUGUCAUGAUGGCUCUUCUCCUGUUUUUUUUUAAAAUAAAAUACCAUAAGCAAAAUGCCAUAACAAAAUUCUAUCAUCAAACUUCAAAAAUCAAGUGUACUAAACUUUGUUGGAAUAUUUAGUUGAACACCUUGAACACGGUGAAAAUAUGGGAAAAAGCCGUGAGAUGAUCAAAUACUUCCAAUGAAAAAUGUUUAAAAUGUUUAUAUGUUAAAAAGUUUGUUUUGCUUCAAAAUUGUGAUUAAAAAUUAAAAUUUCUUAUCUUU